CCGCGGCUGCAGCUACAUCGGGCAUGUUUUAAGACACCACUGACGUCAUCCUCACGCGCCGCACUGUCACGCGGGUCCCUUCAUCUGUUACCGUCGCAACCGGAGGAUCUGGAAGGUUCUGUUUGGAAGUUUCCGAGCCGAACGUUAUCUGAGUCCAUCCGAACCACCCCGAGGAUCCAGAGAGACUGAGCAACGUCCAUCUUCAUCUGUGACUUCUGAGGAACGAUUUAACUUCAAUAUUAGCCUUCAUGCCUGAAGGCGUCGGGGCUGCGUACAUGUCUAAAUUCAAAGGAAGUGCGUAUGUGGACCGGGACAAACCCGCUCAAAUCCGCUUCAGCAACAUCAACGCCGGGAAAGCUGUCGCAGAUGCGGUCAGAACAAGUCUGGGCCCCAAGGGCAUGGAUAAAAUGAUUCAGGAUGGAAAGGGCGACGUCACCAUCACUAAUGACGGAGCCACAAUCCUCAAACAGAUGCAGGUGCUGCAUCCUGCAGCCAGAAUGAUGGUGGAGCUGUCUAAAGCUCAGGAUAUUGAGGCUGGUGAUGGCACUACAUCAGUGGUGGUGAUUGCUGGAGCUCUUCUUGAUGCCUGCGCUAAACUGCUACAGAAAGGAAUCCACCCGACCAUUAUUUCAGAGUCUUUCCAGAAGGCUGUAGAUAAAGGUGUGGAGAUCCUGACGGCCAUGAGUCAGCCGGUGCAGCUCAGUGACCGAGAGACUCUUCUGAACAGCGCCACCACCUCGCUCUGCUCUAAGGUGGUGUCCCAGUACUCCAGCCUGCUCGCACCCAUGAGCGUCGACGCCGUCAUGAAGGUCAUCGAUCCCGCCACCGCCACCAGCGUUGAUCUCCGUAAUAUCCGCAUCAUCAAGAAACUCGGAGGGACCAUUGAUGACUGUGAGCUGGUGGAGGGUCUGGUGUUGACGCAGAGGGUGGUGAACACUGGAGUGUCCCGUGUGGAGAAAGCCAAAAUCGGCCUCAUCCAGUUCUGCCUGUCCCCUCCCAAAACUGAUAUGGACAAUCAGAUUGUGGUGUCGGACUAUGCUCAGAUGGACCGUGUGCUCCGUGAGGAGAGAGCUUACAUCCUCAACCUGAUCAAACAGAUUAAAAAGGCCGGCUGCACUGUGUUGCUCAUCCAGAAAUCCAUCUUGAGAGAUGCACUGAGUGAUCUGGCUGUUCACUUCCUGAAUAAGAUGAAGAUCAUGGUGGUCAAAGACAUCGAGAGGGAGGACAUUGAAUUCAUCUGCAUGACUCUUGGCACCAGACCCAUUGCUCAUAUUGACCAGUUCACUCCAGAGAUGCUGGGAACAGCAGAGCUAGCUGAAGAGGUUAGCCUGGACGGAUCUGGCAAACUAGUGAAGAUCACAGGAUGUGUAAAUCCAGGAAAGACGGUCAGUAUUGUCGUUCGUGGUUCCAACAAACUGGUGAUUGAGGAGGCCGAACGAUCCAUCCACGAUGCCCUCUGCGUCAUCCGCUGUCUGGUCAAGAAGAGGUUUCUGAUCGCCGGCGGUGGAGCACCAGAGAUUGAGCUGGCGCUGAGGUUGGCAGAAUAUUCCCGCACCCUGGCCGGCAUGGAGGCGUACUGUGUGCGUGCGUACGCCGAUGCCCUGGAGGUCAUUCCCUCGACUCUGGCUGAGAACGCUGGUCUGAAUCCCAUCUCUACAGUCACAGAGCUGCGCAACAGACACGCACAGGGAGAGAAGACGGCCGGGAUUAAUGUCCGCAAGGGUGGGAUCUCUAACAUCCUGGAGGAGCUGGUAGUUCAGCCUCUCCUGGUCUCCAUCAGUGCACUCACCUUCGCCACGGAAACGGUUCGCAGCAUCCUCAAGAUCGAUGAUCUUGUGAACACGCGAUAAAGUGAAUGUGAUCCGUGAAGGAAGAUCCAACCCCAUGCUAGCCACCCCAAUUAGACCAACUGAUCUGUAGCUGUCUGUUGUUGUUACCUGGAGUAAUUUAAUAAAGCUUUUUUUUUUUUUGAACACUGGAA